AUGCUGUCAACUGUUCUCGUCGCAACGGUGCUUGUUGGCAUCGUCUGCGCACAAAGCCCUUCCGCCGUGGCUCUCACUCCCUCGAACGACUGGUACGGCGUCGACGGCAACUGGUCAACGGUCAAAUUCCAGGUCGGCACGCCUAGGCAGUCUGUUAAUGUUCUUGUGAGCACCUCGCUGUCGGAGUUUUGGGCUGUCGGUGCUGGAGGGUGCCUUGCAAAGGAGCCUCUAUGCAACUCCGCCCGAGGUAAUGUUUUCACCGUCACAGACUCAAAAUCUUGGGAUCCUUUGGGAGGAUGGCAACUUGGUCUGGACUAUCUCGGUUACGGCGGCAACGGCGACUAUGGCCUGGACACCCUCUCGACAACGACGCUCGCGGGGGAUGCGAUUAGUAUGGACAACAUCAUCACAGCUUCGAUCAACAGCACCGACUAUUACCUCGGAUUUCUUGGCCUCGGCAUCACCAAGGGCAGUUUUGGCAAUGAAAUCGCUGAGUCGCCUCUCACGCAGGCCGUCAAGACUUACGGCUGGAUCCCUAGUUACAGCUACGGCUACACCGCCGGUGCUUACUACAAGGGCACUUCCGGCACGCCGUGCUCCGUGACUUUGGGAGGAUACGACUCAAGCCGGUUUGUGCCGCACAACACCGAGUUUUCCCUGGACCCGAGUGAUGGACUUCCUCAUGCGUUGGUUCGGGGGAUUGAGGUGACCGUGGGCGAAGGCAAGGCGGUUCCAGGAGGCUGGGGUUCCCGGACUCAGAUUCUAUCCAACAUGACGACUUCAUUCUCAGCCAUGAUUGAUAGCUCCACUCCCUAUCUCUGGCUCCCGGAUGCCAUUUGCGAUCAAUUUGCCGCUGCCUUCAACUUGACGUACAACAACACUUUCAACCUCUACACAGUCACCAACGAGCAGUAUGCCGCCUUGAAGUCGUCAUCGUACUCGUUCACGUUUUCCUUUAGCAGCCAUGACAACACGGACGACUUUGGACACCCUCUCACAGUCCCAGGCGUAGUCAACAUCACCAUCACAGCUGCGGCUUUCGCGCAGGUCCUGCGCUAUCCUUUCAUGGACGAGGCAAUCAAGUACGGCGAUCCGGCCGUGCCUUACUUCCCACUCCGUCGCGCCUCCAACUUCACCAACACACUCAUCAUCGGCAGAUCCUUCCUUCAAGAGGCGUACCUGAUCACAAAGUAUGACAGUGGCGUUUUCUCUCUCCACCAAGCGGUUUUCCCCGAGGACGCCCAGACACAUCUCAACAUUUCUCAGAUCAAGCAGCCUGACAACAGCCCUUACCCCGGUCCUCCCGCGCAGGCAACCAUUCACGGUCUCUCAACAGCUCAGAUGGGAGGGAUCGCCGCUGGAGUGGUUGCUUCUUGUAUUGUCUUGCUGGUCGCGUGGUACUGCCUCCGCCGAAGGAAGAGGGCAGCUUGUGCGGCGGCGCGGGCGAUGGAAGAGGGCAAAGACACGGCUUCAACCAUCAUGAUGGAGCCGCCUAGGAGUCCUGUGGCAAAGAUGUUCUCCAAGAUGCUGGGCAAGAAGAAGGCAAAGCGAGGCUCCCCGCAAGAAGUCAUGGGUAGCACUUCUCAGCCCAUUGAGGUAGCGGCUGAUGCCAAUCACGCCGUGUACGAACUGCCAGCACCGAUCGCCCCCAUCGAGCUUGACGGAGAUGACGGCAAGUCCUUGCACGAGCCCACAGGAUUUGGAACAAUGGAUACGCAAACCGCGGGCACAUACGAGGCGGCUAGGAGGAACAUUGAGAUUCAGCUACAGGGCCCCGUGCCUGCUUACAGCCCUCCAGAGAACCCAGCAGACUUCCCUCCCCCAGAAAAGUCGAUGCCGGACCUGGAGCCAGUUGCAACCUACAGGCCGGUCGACAUGCACUCGUCAGCCUCUGCGUCAUCUCCCUCAUCUCCCACAUCCCCGACCUCGCCCAUGUCCCCUACGAUGGGCGACAACUAUUCGUCCAAUCAAGGGUCCCUGCCGUCUCCUAUGAGCAGCCCGCAAGGCAACUGGACGAACCGUAUGUCCGAUCUCCCAUCACCCUUGACUGACGGACACACAUAUCCGUCGCCAACCUUCACGGUCAGCAACUACGGGCACACAAUAGCCCGCUCUGUCUCCAUCAACCGUCCUGUCUCCCUCAACAGCGAUCUAUUUGUCCCCAGCCGUUCCAACUCUGCCAACUCCCCCCCAAACUCUGCCGUUCCUCUUCUACCCGUCUCCCCACCAGGGGCCAUCUAUCAAAGAACACCCAUCGAUCCCUCGAACGUGAUUUGCGUUGGGCCUUUGCCAGAGAACGUUUCUCUAUCGGACCCUCAUCCUAUUGCCCCGCUCCCGCUGUGUCCCCAGGGCCGCACCCUCCUCUCGGUUCCCGAUCUCAUAACAGAUCGCCGCUUCUCAACCGACACGCUGGGAAGCAACUUCACCGAGUUUGAGGAGGAGCUCAUGGCGCAGCAAGAGCUGACCAGGCAGGCAAGCGUGCCCGAAACCCAGCAACGGAGCCACAGCGCGGAACCGGACCUGUCGAUGGGCCGACUGGACGGCACCGAAUGGAUCCACGUACCCCAGCCGGCCGAGCGCCGAUACAGCUGGGAAGACUAG